CAUCUUGUUUCCGCUAAAAUCGCGUCAAAGUCGUAGAUUCAUGACGUCGAUGUAGUGCCUUUGACUUUACAAGACCCACUGUUCGUUUAUUCUUUCGUGACGUACCGUCUUCUCAUGGUUCACGACGGUCUACUCAUACGGAAUUACACUCUAUUGGCGACAAUACUAAACGUCCGUUUGUCGGUUAGGACAGUCAAAACCCGAGGAUGAGAGAAUUGAGGAUAUAACACCUAUCGAGAAGCAAGUGCUUGAUAGCAUAAAUGCUCUGGAAGAAUUGGCUGCAGAAGGAACCGAAGUGGUUUCGGCGGUAAAAGUGGCAAACGAUGCAAGGGAACUUGAGAGACGAAAGGUAAUGCAAGAGACGAGGGAUAGAUUAUUGGCGGCACUCGAGGAAGAAGACAAAAAGUGUAUGGAAAAGUACCUUGAGAUUAGCCAAAAGUGGCCUGAUAUUCUUGCCUGUAAAGACCCGUUAGAUAUUCAUGAUGAAUUAGAAGCUCAAAAUGCCAGGUGUCUCGAAAUCCUAGAUAAAAAGGAUGCCCUAAUCGCGGAACUGAAGCAAGAAUUAGAGAAUGCCGAUGCGAUGUAUGCCGAAGAAGUGAAGAAACAGAACGAGGAUAUUGACGUGCUUGUCGAAAGAAUGGAAAACCAAGUGCACACGAUGACCAAAGCGUAUCGCCACGAGUUGAUGAUGGUCGAAAAUGUCAUCGAAUCGGAACGCAAGAUGCUUCUAAAAACUUCCCAGGAUAAAUGGGAGACACUGUUGGCGAAGUAUAAAGAAGACACCGUUGAAGCGAGAGAAAAAAAGAAAGAAAUAAUGCUCGAAUACGAGGAAGAAAUGAAGAAAGCGAUUACAGAACACCAGGAAGAGUUUAGGCGACUGAAGAUCAAUUUUGAAUUGGAGAUACAGCAACUUCAACAAGAGGUGCAAAAUAUGAAAGCUUUGUGUUUGAUGAACGUCGAGAAAUUGGAUUACAAUUACGCCGUGCUAAAGUGUCGAGAAGAAGAAAAUAUUAUUGUUAAGAAUCAACAGAAGAGAAGAAUAAACAAACUUCAGGAUACUAUGAAUAGUUUAAAAAAGACAUAUACAGAUUUGGAGGAAUCCACAAGAUUGGAAAUUCAAAAGCUGACAAACGAAAUUUUAAAAUCGCAAAAAGCUAUACUAGAUCUGGAGGAAAAGUCUAAUCAUCUAGCAAGUGUCAAUGACAGAAAGUAUAUGCAAAUUUGGGAUAUGAAUAUUGACACUGCCAAUGAAUUAGUCGAUAAGAUUUUAACAGCAGACAGAAUUAUACAUGAACAGUUGUUAGGGGUGGAAUGGAAACCACCGACACAAAAGUUACUGAAAAAAGAAGACUUGCCGUCGUAUUGUGGUGCUAUGUGUGCUUUAAAACAAGAAAAAGAGGAAACAAGGAAGAAGAAACUAAUGUCCAAGUUGUAUGAACCAGCAACAACUUUGGAAGAGAUCAAUUUGGAACGACGUUUGUUGAAUCACAUUGCUAAACUAGUUUCCAAUCAAUGUGAUUACCUCAUAGAGGACACUUUGAAGGAACUACUUUCUGACUACACAGAAAAUGACAAAUUACUAAUUCGACUGGAUAAAAUAUUUGAGGCAUUAAAAAUUACAUCAGAACAAGACCUUCAAUUUUUGUUAAACUUCUUCUUACCGUAUGCACAUUGUCCUACGUGUGAGAUCAAAACUGUGAGCGUACCGAGCGUUUGUGGACAAUCUGAUAAAACUACAGAAACUUCUUCGUCUAUGACCACAUUACUCUCCGUCUGCGGAAAUGAUAAAACUGAUCUAGAAGAAGCUAAGUUAGUCACAGCUGUACAAGAAGCACUUUGUUCCACAAAAUUUCUUGACAAGGAGGACACAGUGGUUGUAAGUAGUACACCGGAAGUUUCUUUAACAAAAACACCAUCCGAGGAUGUCCAUGUUGCAUCAACCUGUAUUGGUGAAGGCAUCAUUGAAACUGCCAAUGAAGAUGGUAAAUCAAAGCGGCUAUUAGUAUGCGAUAAAGGUCAUUUGCUUGUGAUUGAAACCGAAUUUGUGACCAAUGCCUUAAGAGAAUUUGUAGAGAGAUACGAAUUUAUUAAGAAGGAAGAAAAUACUAUACAUAUUGCUAAAAAGGUUCUUCAGGUAAAGGCCACAGUAUCACGAAAUAUAACUGAGGAAGAUAUAACUGAAUUUUGGCAUAGAUAUAAAAAUAUCUUUCCACCAGAGAAAGAAAGUCUCUGGGAUAACUUGCUGAUUGGUCUUAAAAAGUAUUAUGAAGUAUUAAAAGAGAGGCAUAAGUUAAAUGCUGAAACAGAAUCUUUGCGAAAACAAAAUGCAGAACUUAGUCACUUAUUGAAAAGUUAUUCAGCAGAGCCCACAACUAUGAAGUUAACAGAAAAAGAUACAAAUCUUCUUCAACAUAUAUUUCAAGAUUAAAGAAGAUAAACAGUAUGGUGUAUCAUUUGUAUCAUUAUAUAUUUCUUAAUUGUUAUCUGGAUGGACAUAUGUAUAUAC